UUUGACGAGUGAAGUAUUCAGUAAUGAAACACUCUGCUCUCUUAUUCCCGUUUCUGCGCUAAACACAAAGCAAAAUCCAGAAACAGAAAACAGAAAACAGAAGCAGAAGAAACGAGUAGAGAGAACAUGAGGCAAGAAGAGAUGGUAACACCAGGAGAGGUAUUGGGUAAAGCUACAGAAGUCAAGGCAGGAAAGGGAACCUACGUCGCCAAACACAACGGCUUCGUCUACGCUUCCCUCACUGGUCUUCUCCGUACUGUAUCCCCUCCUCCUGAAUCUCCAGACCAGCGACCAACAGUGGAAGUUACAGGUCACAAAGCCCAUGGUGCUGUCCCAGAGCCUGGUUCCGUUGUAAUUGCCCGUAUUACUAAAGUGAUGGCCAGGAUGGCUUCGGCUGAUAUCAUGUGUGUUGGCCCCAAGUCUGUGAGAGAGAAAUUUACUGGCACAAUCAGGCAGCAAGAUGUUAGAGCAACUGAGAUUGACAAAGUGGAUAUGCAUUUGUCAUUUCGUCCUGGUGACAUUGUCAGAGCUCUGGUUCUGUCCCUUGGAGAUGCACGGGCUUAUUUCCUUUCUACUGCAAAAAACGAACUUGGUGUUGUUUCAGCGGAGAGUGCGGCAGGUGGAACAAUGGUUCCGAUAAGUUGGAUGGAGAUGCAAUGCCCAUUGACAGGACAAAUCGAGCAAAGAAAGGUUGCUAAGAAUGAGAGUUGACCGAUAAAAAAUGAUUAAAGCUAAAAGUAAUCUUAAAUGUGCUUCAUAAAUUUUUUAUAGAGUACACUUAGGAAUUCAUUGUCAGAAAAUUUCUAGGUAUUUUGUUGCUUUUGAGGUUUAUUGUGCUGUUCAAAACCAUUGUAUAUCAGGGUUUAUGCAUUUUUUUUUUUUUUUUUUUUUUCUCUUUGGGCAAUUUCCCCCUCCUUUGGAUAGUUCCCCAUUAACUUUGCCGAACAAUGUUGUGUUGUAGAUUAAUCAACCAAUUAGAUCACCGGUGGUUAAUUUUUUGACCGAUAGAUAAGCAACUUGUGUUUCGAUAAAGAGGAGAUAAGAACUGUUAUCCAUUAUGUAA